AUGUUCACUUGGGUAAAUAAGGAGCAGGGUGGAAGGAACAAGGAGGGAGACAUGUUUCAAACGGUGACUGAAGGACUUCAGGAUCUCUAUGAUAAAAAACUCCUGCCUUUGGAGGAGACCUACCUUUUCCAUGACUUCCACUCACCGGCGCUGGAGGAGGCGGACUUCCAUAACAAACCCAUGGUGCUGCUGGUCGGACAGUAUUCCACAGGAAAGACCACUUUCAUCAGGUAUCUUCUGGAGCAAGAUUUUCCAGGGAUGCGAAUUGGCCCCGAACCAACGACAGAUGGAUUCAUAGCUGUAAUGUAUAAUGAGAAUGAGGGAAUUGUUCCUGGAAACGCUUUGGUCGUGGACCCAAAGAAACCUUUCCGCAAACUCAAUGCUUUUGGAAAUGCCUUCUUAAAUAGGUUCAUCUGCUCACAAAUGCCCAACCAAGUUCUACAGAGCAUCAGCAUCAUUGAUACGCCGGGGAUUUUGUCUGGCGAGAAGCAGCGCAUAAGCAGAGGCUAUGAUUUCUCUGAGGUACUGCGCUGGUUUGGAGAGCGAGUGGACCGUAUCAUUCUCCUCUUUGACGCCCAUAAGCUAGACAUAUCUGAUGAAUUUUCUCAAGCGAUCAAAGCUUUCCGUGGGCAAGAUGACAAAAUCCGCGUGGUACUGAACAAGGCCGAUCAGGUGGACACUCAGCAGCUAAUGCGGGUUUAUGGUGCGCUGAUGUGGUCGCUGGGGAAGGUGAUCAAUACUCCAGAGGUGGUGCGGGUCUAUCUCGGCUCUUUUUGGGGCAAACCUCUUCAAAAUGCAGACAACCGGCGUCUGUUUGAAGCCGAAACACAAGAUCUCUUCAAAGACAUCCAGAGUUUGCCUCGCAACGCUGCCCUGCGAAAGCUGAAUGACCUCAUCAAAAGAGCUCGUCUUGCUAAGGUGCAUGCUUAUAUCAUCAGCUACUUAAAGAAGGAAAUGCCCUCCCUGUUUGGAAAAGAGAAGAAAAAGGAGGAGCUGAUUGCCCACCUGCCUGAGAUCUAUCAGAUUCUGCAGAGAGAGCACCACAUCUCACCUGGAGAUUUCCCUAAUGUCAUUAAAAUGCAGGAGCAACUGCAACACUACGACUUCAGCAAGUUUCCUUCUUUGAAGGUGAAGUUGAUUGAAUCUGUGGACAGAAUGUUGUCCACCAAGAUCUCAAGUCUGUUGAACAUGAUCCGAGAGGAAGAAAGCAAACAGCCUGCUCAGAUGGUAAAGGGUGGAGCCUUUGAGGACUCGUCCGACGGGCCUUUUGGCCACCUCACCUAUGGUGAGGGUAUCAGUGCAGGGGCUGAUACUGAGGACUGGAUCGUGAGUCGCGACAAACAUCGCUACGAUGAAAUCUUCUACACACUGAUGCCUGUCAAUGGGAAGGUAACAGGCAUCAAUGCCAAGAAGGAGAUGAUGAAUUCUCGUCUGCCCAACACUGUACUGGGAAAGAUCUGGAAGCUGGCAGACUGUGAUAAGGACGGCAUGCUGGAUGAUGAAGAAUUUGCUCUUGCUCAGCAUCUCAUUAAAAUCAAACUGGAGGGAUUUGAGAUCCCUACAGAGCUACCAAAUCACCUAAUACCUCCAUCGCACAGGAAGAACCCCACUGCGGACAUCUUGUACAACCACCAGGAGGAUUGAUCACAUGCAAGUCUGUAUAUUUAUCAGCCAGCUGCUAGUACAAAGUGGCCUUUGAAUAUUGAAGUCUUACUUCAUUGAACGGGAUGAAGUUUUAAUAGUUAAGCCAUCUAUCAUCUUCAGCAGUGCUGUUAAAAUAAGAUGUGUGACUUGAACAUGUCUAAGAUUGAGUAUGUUUUUAUAUAAGUGCACUGAUUCAGUGUUAAAGAACAAUAUAUUCAUAUUUUUGAUAGCCAUACAAAUAUAAAUUACAGCCCAUAUAAUUUGGAUUGCUUCUAAAUCCCUGACCUUGUUAUUUCAACUUGUGCUUGCAGAUUGUGAAAAUUCAUUGCUUUCAAUGUUAUAUUACAUUUCAUAUCAAAUAACAAUUUCGGUUAAGUAUGCAUAACAGCAGCCAAACAAAUACCCAUACGUGACACACUAUCACAGAAGCACUGACAGAAGUAUCAUUCAUUUCACUUUCUGACAGAGUGUGAAUAUCUAUUAAAUUAAUUUUGAAACGCAA